AUGAUGGAGUUGACACCGCCAGAGUCAUUCUCGUUGAGCCCCAACGAUGUAGUCAUCGCCGUAAUGGGCGUGACGGGCGCUGGAAAGAGCACAUUCAUUGGCAAAGUCACCGGCCAGGAUGUCAAGGUCGGUCACAGCCUGGUCUCGCACACCGCAGCUGUCGGCGUCUUUCCUUAUCAGCAAAGUCCCAAUCGUUGCGUCUAUCUCGUCGACACGCCCGGCUUUGAUGAUACUACUCGCACCGAUACCGAGGUGCUCAAGGACGUGGCAUUUUUCCUGUCGCAGAUCUACAGGAAGGAUGUUAAACUUGCUGGAAUCGUCUAUCUCCAUCGCAUCACCGAUAAUCGAGUUCGGGGAUCGUCCAUGAAGAAUCUCAAGAUGUUUCAGGAGCUCUGCGGCGAUGAAGCCUUUGGGCAUGUCAUCUUGGCGACUUCAAUGUGGGACACACUUGAUGAAGCCUCGAAAGACGUGGGCGAUCAGCGGGAACAGGAACUCAUGAGCCGAGCCGAGUUUUGGGGCACCAUGUACAAGAGCGGCAGUCAAGUGGCUCGGUGGUUGGGCAACGAAGGGUCUGCCCAGAGCAUCGUCGGCAAGAUCAUCGAGGUUCACGACAAAGCGGGUGAGGCGGUGCUCAAGAUCCAACAAGAGAUGGUCAACGAAGACAAGGAUCUCGAUGAGACGGCAGCUGGUCGAGAGGUGCAGAGAGAAAUCGCGGCUGCAAAGGCGCAAUUACAAGAGGAGAUCAAGGAACUGCGCGAAAUGCAAGAGGACAUGAUCAAGCAGUCCAACGAGAAGUUAGCCCAUGAGUUUGCAACACAGAGACAGGCCAUUGAGAAGCAGCUCAAAGACGCCAAUGAGGCUCAGGCGUCACUCAAGAUAUCGCUCGAGACUCUUCUCGAAGAAAAGACGGCCGAGUAUGAAGCAAUGCUCAGGCGUGCUCAAGAAGAACAGCGACGAAUGGCAGAGGCCCUGGAAGAAAAAGAGGCGGACAUUCGGAGAGCUCAGCAGGAAAGGGCUGAAGACGAAAAAAUGUUUCGCGAAGCUCAAGCGCAGUACGCGGAAGAAGUCAAAGAGCUGGCUCGCAAGAUCGAGCAACAGCAGCGUGAGGCCGAGAGGCAACAGCGUGAAGCCGAAAGACAGCGACGCGAGUACGAGGAGAGACAGCGACGAAUGGAGGAGGAACGUAAGAGAAAGGAAGAAGAGGAAAGAUAUCGGCGACAGCGCGAAGAAGAGCGCAAGAAAAAGGAAGAAGACGAAAGGAAGAGGCAGCAAGCCGAACAAGAACGCAGAGACAGAGAAAUAGAAGAGAAGAAGCGCGAAAUAGCGGAGAAGAAACGAAUUCUAGAGGAAAAGACGCGGAUCUUGGAGGAAAAGAAACGAGUCCUAGAAGAACAGCAGAAAGCCAAAGAAGCAGAAGAGAAACAAAAACAACUCGAAGCAAAGAUGCGAGCACUUCUUGAACAACAAGAAGAGAUGAAACGACAGCAGCAGGAGGAGCAAGAGGCGGCGCUUUGGAGACAGAGGGCGGCAGAGGCUCAGAUGGAGAGCCAAAGGGCGAGGAAGCAGUCGCAGAAGCAGGCCAUGGGCUUGUUUGGCGUCGUCGCGGGUGUUGGGACGGCGGCUUUGGGGGUCUUGACUGUGAAUCCGGGGUUGGUUUCCGUGGGAGCUGCUUGGGCCAGCAACUCGGCGAAUAACAUGUAA